CAAUCACUCUGGAGACUGAGCCAUGGGGGGAAAACAGGACGGGGAGGAGGCCUAUGGGAAACCAGCCAAAUAUGACCCCACCUUCCGAGGUCCCAUCAGGAACAGGAGCUGCACGGACAUCAUCUGCUGUGUCCUCUUCCUCGUCUUCAUUCUGGGUUACAUCGUGGUGGGGGUCGUGGCUUGGGUGUAUGGAGACCCCCGGCAAGUCCUCUACCCCAGGAACUCGACCGGCGCCUACUGCGGGGUGGGGGCUAACAAAGAUAAACCGUAUCUUCUCUACUUCAACAUCUUCAGCUGCGUUCUGGCCACCAACGUCAUCACGGUCGCUGAGAACGGCCUACAGUGUCCCACAACCCAGGUGUGUGUGUCCUCCUGCCCCAAUGUCACAUGGACGGUGGGAGCCGACCAGCUCUUGCAGAAGGUUGGGGAGGUCUUCUACACGGCCGACAGGAACUUUUGCCUGCCAGGGGUGCCCUGGGAUAUGCCAGUGACCCAAAGCCUGCAGCAGGAGCUCUGCCCCGGAUUCCUCCUCCCUUCCACUCCAGCUCUGGGGCGUUGUCUUCCACGGGUGAACAGCAGCACUCCACCUGAGCUCCCAGGGAUCCCCAGCAACACCACCAUCUCCCAGGGGAUCAGCGGUGUUCUUGACAGCCUCAGUGCCCGUGACAUCACUGUGAAGAUCUUCGAAGAUGUAGCCCAGUCCUGGCAUUGGAUUCUUGUCGCCCUAGGUGUGGCUCUGGUCCUGAGCCUGCUGUUUAUCCUGCUUCUGCGCCUGGUGGCCGGGCCGCUGGUGCUGGUGCUGAUCCUCGGGGUGCUGGGCGUGCUGGCAUACGGCAUCUACUACUGCUGGGAGGAGUACCGAGUGCUGCGGGACAAGAGUGCCCGCAUCAACGAGGUGGGCAUCACCACCAACCUCGGCGCCUACCGCAACGUUCAGGAGACCUGGCUGGCCGCCUUGAUCGUGCUGGCUGUGCUUGAAGGCAUCCUGCUGCUGCUGCUCAUCUUCCUGCGGCAGCGGAUCCGCAUCGCCAUCGCCCUCCUGAAGGAGGCCAGCAAGGCUGUGGGGCAGAUGAUGUCUACCCUGUUCUACCCUCUGGUCACCUUUGUCCUUCUGCUCAUCUGCAUUGUCUAUUGGGCCAUGACUGCCCUGUACCUGGCCACAUCCGGGCAACCCCAAUAUGUCCUCUGGGCGCCCAACGCCAGCUUGCCCAACUGUGAGAAAGUGCAAAUGAAUACAUCGUGCAACCCCAUGGCCCAGCCCAUGAACUACUCAUGCCCAGGGCUGAAGUGCGUCUUCCAGAGCUACUCAUCCACAGGCCUGGUUCAGCGUUCUCUCUUCAACUUGCAAAUCUACGGGGUCCUGGGUCUGUUCUGGACCAUCAACUGGGUACUGGCCCUGGGCCAGUGUGUCCUGGCUGGGGCCUUUGCCUCCUUCUACUGGGCCUUCUACAAGCCCCAGGACAUCCCCACCUUCCCCCUGAGCUCUGCCUUCAUCCGAACACUCCGUUACCACACUGGGUCGCUGGCCUUUGGAGCCCUCAUCCUGACCCUUGUGCAGAUAGCCCGAGUCAUUCUGGAGUACAUUGACAGCAAACUGAGAGGAGCCCAGAACCCUGUGGCCCGCUGCAUCAUGUGCUGCUUUAAGUGCUGCCUCUGGUGUCUGGAGAAGUUUAUCAAGUUCCUAAACCGCAAUGCCUACAUCAUGAUCGCCAUCUACGGGAAGAAUUUCUGUGUCUCCGCCAAAAAUGCCUUCAUGCUGCUCAUGCGGAACAUUGUCAGGGUGGUCGUUCUGGACAAAGUCACAGACUUGCUGCUGCUCUUCGGGAAGCUGCUGGUGGUUGGAGAUGUCGGGGUGCUGUCCUUCUUUUUCUUCACCGGUCGCAUCCAGGGGCUGGGUAGAGACUUUGAGAACCCCUCCCUCAACUAUUACUGGCUGCCCAUCAUGGUGAGUGACUCCCCAGCUCUGCCUCACUGUCCAACCCCCCAAGGGAAUCUAACAUGCCCUGGAUAUUCCAGAUCUCCAUCCUGGGGGCCUACGUCAUUGCCAGCGGCUUCUUCAGCGUUUUUGGCAUGUGCGUGGACACACUCUUCCUCUGUUUCUUGGAAGACCUGGAGAGGAACGACGGCUCCCUGGACCGGCCCUACUACAUGCCCAAAUCCCUCCUGAAGAUCCUAGGCAAGAAGAACGAGGCAUACCCAGGGGACAAGAAGAAAAAGAAGUGAGAGACGCGGCCCUGAUCCAGGGCUGCACCCCUCCUGUACGGCCUCCCAGCCUCACCCCGCCU